AUGGACUCAAGUUACGAGAGAAGACUGAGAAUAGCUGAAGCGAAAAGAGUGCGACUUGGCCUAACGAAAAUUGUGCAAAAUGCAACUAGAGAAAGCCAGCAAUUGGAUGCUAUGAGACAAGCGUGGACUGCCGGGCUUCAAGUGCAGGCAUUGGAAAGACACUGGCAAGAGUUCGAAAAUACAGAAUGCGGUGCAGAACUGGAGCUCAGCGCGAUGCGUGUACCUUUCGUCAUGCAUGAAAAGAAAAAGAAAACUUAUCGGAAGGCGAUUUAUGCGGUAGCAAGACUCGGUCAUCAGGUCAAGGAAUCGGAGCUGUACAUUUUUACUAAGGAGACGACAGAAGUGGUUAUCACGAAUAUGCUGUCGUUUUCAAACGUAUCGCCAGAUUUCGAGCUUGUUGUUGAUUUGUACGGAAUGGAGCUUCCCGAGAAGGAGAAGAAAGGGCUCUCCCCAGAAACAAAAUUCAUUCACUGGGCGAGGUGCAAACUGAGUGGCAGAGACGCUACUAAUAGAACGAGUUGGGCAACUCUUACCGUCCUGCCAAACGCACCUAAAUAUCCAAGCUUUACGGGCAAGAUUACUUUGCGCCUAGCAAGCGCGGUUCCGACCUUGUGUCAAGUGUUCAAAGAAGGUUACCUACAUCUUUGGAACGAGGGCGUCGACAAUUCUUGGAAGUUCAUCUUUGUGCGCCUGAAAAACGGGAAACUACGGGCAUUCGAUCCGACUAAAGGAGAGAAGAAAUGCAACGAUCUUGUGCAGAUUGACGUCACUUCGCAGCUGAAAAUCUCCGAGUCCUCGCGAAAAAGACAGUUUUCGUUUCAGCUGCGCGAUUUUGAUGGAAGGACCGUUUUCGCUGCCACGAGCAAAGACGAAAUGCUUGCAUGGAUGGAGGCUAUCAGGGUGCAUCGGCGGCAUCUAAAACUUUGGGGCAAGAUUGAGGAAGCAGGAGUCGACGAAGGAAUGAACGAGCCUGAUUCCGUGACAGAUACCAAUUCUCCUUGGAGUGCUUUCUUCAGUGGACAAACGAAAGUUACCGUUAUAAAAACGGGGAAACGCGUGGGCUCCGGCCAAGCGGCCUUGAGUCCGGCUGUAGGUGUAACAAAGGGAUCGAGAAGACGGUCAAAAUCGGUCGAUCUCGGACAUACUCCGGUGAAACGAGUUUCACGUUCUCCAGAAAGACGCUUCCGCCGAAAUUCUGGCAGCAGAGAGGACGAUCCUCGGCUCGUAGCGUCUCCACCACGAGACUGGAUGAACUCUGCGAAUCGGCUAUUACCAAAUGUUCAAAUGAUGCCUCGAUAUGAUCCUCCAACGAUUUUACUAGGCCCAAGCGAGGAGGAUGAGAACCACGAAGAGACGAUAAACGAUACGCGACACCCAGCACAUGAUUACCGAUAUAAAGCAAAAACAUGCUGCAUUGGCCGAAAAUCGAAGAAAAACAGAGCAGACGUUCGUCGUGAGCCUCUUCGCACAUCAACACAAAUAAAUGGAACAAGGCCGGAAAUAUCAGAAAAGUACACUCCAAUCGGCUCCCCAGCCCGGACCAAAUAUGGAUACGCUGGUGAAAUGCGCGCUAAAAUUGUUGUCCCAACGAAGGAUAAGGUGAAAUUUGGUGGAUGCCCGAAAGUAGGCCGUAUUCAACGCAACAAUUUAGAAUUCCAUGACAGCAUUCACCCCGAGGACCAAAAACUAACUGUGCGAAGAGCACUAGAUGGCAACGAAGCUAUUUUCACAAAUCCUCACGCUGAACAUCUCCCUGCACCAUGCUUACCACGCUUCCCGCACCUCGAAGAGAUCUGA